AUGUAUGCUACUUUCGAGAAUUUACUUCAACAGGUUAUGAGCCACUUUUUGGACUUUGAUGUUACGGAGCAGGAUAAGCUCCGUGGUAUUGAUAACUACAAACUUUGGGCUGCUAUGGUAAAGUCCAGACUGCUGGACCUUGACUGCCACUUAGAUCUGUAUCUAAGUAAUGUGGAUAUUCCUGGUGUUAGUGAGUUUACUGACACUGAACGGAAUGUGAUUAGACUUAAGUUUGAUCUGAUCCUUGACAAGCUUUUGAAAAAGUGCAUUACGUCUGCUGUUUAUGCGACGUACUGUACUAAACGUGGUUUACGUGGACUUAAUUUAUGGCAUGCUCUAUUCCGCGACUUUGGAACUAUUUCUGUUAAGCAGCAUUUAGAGCUUCAUUCCACGUUAACCCGUCAGCUUUUUGAUUCUACUGUAUCGCUUGCUGCUAAGAUUCAACUUCUUGAAGAUGCUGACCUGGACCUUCUUCCUUUGGAUGAAGGCCAGCGGAUUCUCUUCUUUCACAGUUGUGUUAAUAACAGCACUGUUAAGAACGUUAUUAUUCGUCUUGACGAAUACGUUCCCUCCCGUCUUAAUUGGCUUGCAUUGAAAGACGGGAUCUCUGAGAUUCUUCACGAGACAAGUUCCCCCGUGUCCGAUGAGUCUAGUAUGGCUCUUGUGGUCCUGCAGCGAAACCCUCGAAGAAUUAUGAUCAAGUCUAAGUUGACUUGUUUCAAAUGUGGUGGCAUUGGCCACAAACUGAAUGUCUGUCCCUCUCGAAGUGACGACGAGUAUUGGAAUCUGCCACCACCCAAGCCUCUGCAACCACCGAAGCCGACGAAUAAGCCCAAUUAUUUUGUGACAUAUACUGAGGAGAAACCAAGCGUCUCUCCCACCAAUGCUGUAUGUGGGCUUAGUUACUUGGUCCCCAAACCUAGUCAGCACACUGCUGCCUAUGUUGACACCGGUCACCAGACGUCUUCUGCCUCGGUAUCUCAUGGUUGUGCAGCUGCUACUGAUAGCCAUAGUGAUGUCUUCCUUCUUGAUACUGGUGCGUCUGUUCAUAUUACGCAUCAGAAGGACUUACUCCAUGAUUUUAAUCCUGAUAACUCUGGUACAAUUGCUGGACUUGACCCUGCUACCACGUUCAAGAUCCUUGGUACUGGAACAUUGAAAUUUACGUUACCUGAUGGUUCCAUACUCCCCGUUGAGGAUGUACAGUAUGUUCCUUCCUGCGGUCGUAAUUUAAUCUCGGUUAGCCGUGCAUCUAAAGGAGGUUCAACAUUCCACCUUCUACCCAAUGGUAUCGUUGACCUUCGUUUAGGCCUUCAGGUUGCUGCUCUUACGAAGGAUGAUCUUUAUCAAUUUUCACUCCCAUGCUUGCCUGCUCAUAAUGUAUCAGCUGGCACUGCGUUUACUGCUACAAUGGAUGCCCAUUCUCGUCUUGGUCAUCCAAGUCGUAAGGUUGCGCAACGCAUUGGCACCUUAUGUCCUUCGUAUGCUGCUGCUUUGAAGUCGGAAUCGAAGGAUUCCCUUUGUGAGUCGUGUAUUCGUGCGAAGGCUACGCACGCUCUCCCUAAAACGUCGACCACUUCCGGUCGCACUGUGAAGACUCCGUUGGAGCUUGUCCACUCUGAUGUCUGUGGACCGUUUUCCCAGCCGAGUUUAACCAAAGACUCAUAUUAUGUUGUCUUUGUUGAUGAUUACACUCACUAUAUGGCAGUGUAUCCUGUUAAACAAAAAUCUGAUGUAUAUGAGUGUGCGCGCUCAUAUUUUCUUCAGUCUGAACGAUUCUUUCAUAAUCGUGGUGGCUACAAGCCGGUUACUUUUCGCACCGAUAAUGGUGGUGAGUAUAUGUCGUCCCAAUUGCAGCAAUUUCUUAAAGCUCAAGGGAUCACUCACCAAACCACUGUUGCGUACAAUAGUCAUCAGAAUGGCGUCAGUGAACGAGCCAUUCGUACGAUCAAUGAAAAAUGUCGUGCCAUGAUGUUUCAUGCAUCCACGCCCCUGUGUUUUUGGGCCGAAGCUGUAGCGUGUGCUACUUAUCUUCUUAAUAGAUUACCGUCGACUGCUAUUGAUAAGCAAUAUCCCUAUCAACGGUGGUAUAAGAGUCAUGCCCAGUGGGACCAUUUGCGCCCAUUUGGAUGCAUGGCGUAUGCUCUUAUUCCACAACAAUUGAGAUCGUCGAGGUUAUCUCCUCGGUCUAUUCGAGGUGUUAUGCUUGGCUAUGCCCAAUCACAACAUGCAUAUCGUAUUUUCGAUCUCGACUCUGGCAAAGUUGCUGUUAGUAAUAAUGUGAAGUUUGACGAAUUUGUGUUUCCGUUUCAAACUAUGACUAACAUUCCCCGGGAUAUUGCCUCUAUAGGCUCGCUGUCGUCGUCGCUGUCUUCUUUUUCAUCCAUUCCCGGGAUUCGAGCUACUGCUGAGCUCCCCGGUACUCUUAUGUCGCCACCUGUGCUGGAUGUCGACAUGUCUGAUAUUGAAUCUGAUUUUUCGUCCCAUGAUUCUAUGGUCCCUCAGGAUCUUGCGUCUCCUGUCGAUGGGCCAUCUAAGGAUAUCGUGGGCCCACCUUCUCGUGGUUCGCUGUCGUCCUCUCCUGGUAUUACCACCACUCCUAGAGUGGUUGAACCGUUGUCCCCUCUCGUAACGCAAGAGGUGUCUCGUCCUCGUAUCGAGUACAUUUCUGACUCAGAAGCUUCGGUUCCAGGGGAAGAUUAUGCUACUUCUUUCUAUGAACGUCAUCACGAUAACUUUGAUAAGUCUGAUGAUGAGGAUUAUGUUGAUGAACCUGUGAGGAGAAGAAGAGCUAUUACUAUGCCUGAUAGACUGCGUAGAAGAUCAGAAGUAUCGUCGGAUGGAGAAACUGAACCUUCUAAGAAACUGAAAUACGAAACACUGCAUACUGAAUCAGACUCCUCGCUUGUUGUCAGAGGAUCUGGUUAUUUCAUGUCACACGCCUAUGUUGUUAGUACCAAGAAAAAUGGUGUACCAGUAACAUACAAACAGGCAAUGCUGAGUGACGAAGCUGAAAAAUGGAAAAUCGCCAUGGAUAGUGAGAUGAGUGCUCACUACUCAAAUAAUACAUGGGAUUUAGUACUGUUGCCUAAGGAUAGAAAGGCAAUAGGCAACAUAUGGGUAUUUACCAAGAAAGAUGAUGGUAGAUACAAGGCUAGACUAGUAGCACAGGGCUUCAGUCAGGUUCCAGGGGAAGAUUACUUGGAUACCUUCAGUCCUGUGAUCAGAUAUGAAUCUGUGAAGCUACUUCUAGCAUUCAGUGCUGUUGAUAAUAGAGUUGUCCAUCAGAUGGAUGUAGAUACCGCAUUUUUGAACGGUACUGUUGAGGAAACACUCUAUAUGAAACAGCCUGUUGGAUUUAUUAAUGAGAAUGAACCAGAGAAAGUCUGUAAGUUGAACAAAUCGUUGUAUGGAUUGAAACAAGCACCGAUAUGUUGGAAUACUACAAUUUCAGAUUUUCUUGCUGAACAUAGGUUCAACCGAAUUGACACUGAGUUAGGCAUAUACGUUCGAGGGAACAUAAUUAUUGGCCUCUAUGUUGAUGAUAUCCUUAUAUCAGGAAAGGAUAUGAAGGAAAUUGAAGAUGUAAAGAAAAUGCUCGCACUGAAGUUUAAAAUGAAAGACUUAGGGGUUGCGAAGAAGUUUCUAGGAAUUAAUAUUGCACAGGAUACCAAUGGUAUCAAGAUAUGUCUCUAUGACUACAUUGGAAAGGUCUUGCAGGACUUUGAAAUGACUGAUGCAAACACGGUGACAACUCCGACAUUGGCCGGAGAGGACUUACACAAGGACAACACAGAAGAAUGUGAUGCCACCAGGUACCGCUCUCUAGUAGGAAAGCUAUUAUUUGCAUCUACUACUGUUCGAACAGAUAUUGCAUACGCUGUUGGGAUACUUAGUAGACACCUAGCCAAACCCUCUGAGAUGCAUAUGAAAUGUGCCAAACAUGUCCUCAGAUAUCUUAAAGGAACCCAAGAUAUCGGCCACCAUUAUACUGGAGACAGCUCAUUGGAUAUAUAUUGUGAUAGUGACUGGGCUAGUGACAAGAGCGACAGGAAAUCAAUUACAGGAUACAUUGUUAGAUAUGGAGGAGCUCCAAUCUCGUGGAAAAGCAAGAAACAGACUACAGUGGCAAUGUCGACCACUGAAGCUGAGUAUCUUGCAUUGGGUGAGGCUACCAAAGAAGCGCUAUGGAUCAUAAUGUUGUUUGACGAGAUGCGUGUGCCAUUACAAUUACCCAUUUCGAUCCACGAAGAUGAUAACUCAUGUAUACUCCUUGCAGAGCACCCUGUAUUUCACCUGCGCACUAAGCAUAUUGACAUACGCCAUCAUUUCAUAAGAGAGCAUAUAAUAAAGAAACAAAUUAAACUUUGUCAGAUUAGCACCCAUACACAAAUUGCGGACAUGCUUACAAAAGGAUUAAAUAAGAUUAAGUUCCAGGACUUGAGAAGUCUUGCUGGAAUGACAAGAAUUAGGAUUAAGGGGAAGUGUUGA